CAAAAUAUGAAUCAUGGUGAAUAAUUCGACGAAGCGAGAGGUUGUGUGGUAAACAAUACGCUGAAGUCGAGGAAUUAUUACUUUAUUUUUGGAUGAAUACGAUGUAUAAUGGACUGAAACUUUAAUUUGAUUUACUUUCUUGGGAAAAUAUUUAAUUAGUUGAAUACGGAAAAUGUCUUUCCGUGGAACUCCAAACAGCAAAAGAAAGGACCGGAAAGACACGAAUCAUUCCCUCCAAGACCAAGAUAAAGGAUCAUUAUGCAAUAAAUGUGGAGAUAAGUGUCCAGGAUUUGCCCUCCAUUACUGGAGGAAAAUUUGCCUGCAUUGCAAAUGUCCCAGGGAAGAUCAUCGGGUGAUGGCCAAUGACCAAGAAAGGACGGUCAGCCGGAUGAUCCAAGACUUCCAACGUGGCUCCGCAUCGGAUGAUGACAGUGGCUGUGUCCUGGAGGAAUAUACCUGGAUGCCACCUGGGCUCAAAGCAGAACAGGUCCACCAGUACAUGUGCUCACUGCCAGAGGAGAAGAGGCCUUUUGUCAACAGUUCCGGUGAGAAAUAUCGUAUCCGCUCCUUACUACAGCAGCUGCCCCCACAUGACAAUGAAAUGCGUUACUGUAAUGGAUUAAGUGAGGAAGAGAAGAAAGAGUUGCGUCUGUUCAGUUCACAGAGAAAGCGAGAAGCUCUCGGUAGGGGAACAGCACGGCCGCUACCACUCACUCUAGCAGGGUGUGUCUGUUACCAGUGCGGUGGUGGAAUCCAUGGUGGUGAGAUUGCUGUUUUUGCUUCACGCGCUGGACAUAAUGCAUGUUGGCAUCCAGCUUGUUUCAUCUGUUGUGUAUGCACUGAACUCCUGGUGGAUCUGAUCUAUUUCUAUCGAGAUGGAAAGCUGUACUGUGGCAGACACCAUUCAGAAUCAUUGAAGCCAAGAUGCUGUGCUUGUGAUGAGAUUAUCUUUGCUGAGGAGUGUACUGAAGCAGAAGGCCGAAGCUGGCACAUAAAGCAUUUCUGCUGCUUUGAGUGCGACAAAAAACUUGGUGGUGAACGGUACAUCAUGCGAGCAGGACGUCCAUAUUGUUGUGACUGUUUUGAGUCAAUGUUCUCGGAGUAUUGUGACACAUGCGGUGAGCCUGUUGGUGUCGAUCAGGGCCAGAUGUCUCAUGAGGGACAACAUUGGCAUGCAACAGAGAAGUGCUUUAAAUGCUACACAUGUGGGGUCACGUUACUUGGACGACCGUUCCUUCCAAAACACGGACUCAUUUACUGUAGCAGCUCUUGCAGUCGUGGAGAGAUCCUGAAAAAGAGCGGCACUCAGUCAGAUCAUGAAAGCAAAACUCAGGAUUUGCGAACAAGUCGUAGUAGGAAGCCAAUUCAUGUUAAUGAUGUGAUUCUCGAUCAGAUUAUAUCAGCAACUGAUGAUGAACAGACUGUAAGAAGUGUCCAGAAUUCCAGUAGACUCUCUAGAACAUCUUUGCCAGACCUCCGUAAAUCAUCCAAGGAGGAGGAGCGAAGGAGAAACAGUUUUGGUCCUGCAGACAGGAGAGAGGACAGCUACAGAAAUUUGUCAGCUUCUGAUCGUAGACGGAGUGGAUCGUCUCAGAGUCUCGGUGGGAGACCAUCCUCCUCCAGACAUGAUCCAUGGGCGGAAAGGUUUAGUCAACCAAAGAAUUAUGAAUUACGAAGGAACAAUGAAAUGAGAACUGCCACAAAUACUGUUGGCGGAGCAAGACCACCUCCACAAGAAAGGAAAAGAGGUGAUGGACUGCCAGUGUAUCCAAGUACUAAGGAACAAAGGAUCAAUUCACCACAGGAUCAGAAGUUGAAUGGAAGUUGGCAUCCUCCAGGACACCCUGGAAAUCAAAUGCCGCUGCCGCCACCACCACCGUCAUCAAAUGAUGAAGAUCGAAGAAUGGAGAGGAGGCAAGAAGAUGUAUAUUCACGAAAUGGUAGAAGAUCUGACACAAGGUCGUAUGACAACAGAAGGCCAGAUGAACGACAAAUGCAGCCUACAAGACAAGACGAUCGGAGGAUGGACAGUAGACGACCAAAGGAUAUGUGGGUGGAGGAUGCUCGACCAGAAGACUGGCGCUUAGAGGAGAAUUGCCCACUUGAACGGGGUAAUGGUAAUGGGCAUCAAAGAAAUGGGAGACAAUCGGAUAACGGCAGGAAUGGGGGCUCAAGGAAAGGGAAAACACCUCCUCCACGUCACCGCAUGCCAUUUGAGAGGGAACAACCACAGUACCGUUCUGAACGUACAUCUCGAAAACUGAAAAAGACUUAUUCAGAUAAUACAUUUGAAAAGCAACUCAAAGAUUACAUCAAGGGAGAAUACAUGAGUUCUUCAUCAUCUGAAGAGGAUGAUGAUUACUUCAGAGAGGUUCAUCGCAGCCGACAACCGCGCAUUGCCUACGUUGAUUAUCAAUCUUCCUCCAGACAGCGAUCAAAAUCUCUUCAGUCGAGGUCAUUACCCAGCAGGAAAGCCUCUCGUAAGAAAAAAUGCAUAAUUUCUUGAGGUGGUUCAUCAAAGGUUCAUGGCAUCAUCCUCAUAAUAGCGCAUAAAUCUUCUUGUCAAACAAAACAUCAUGAUUGCAAAUACUAUAAGACUCCUUAAGACACAAGAGCAUUAAUCAAGCCUUAAGUAACUAUUUAGAAUAAUACACAGGAAACUCAUAAUCAUCUUGAAGAAUCAAUUGCAAUGAAGCUUUUUGAUGCUUGAUAAAAUAAUACAUAAAUGAACUUUUAUCUUCUUAAAUAUAUAAAAUAAUAUAUAGACACAUAUUGGAAUACUUAAUAGUGAUAUUGUGACUGAAUUGUAAGCCUGGUAUAUUUCAUUUGUACACUAGAAUUCUUUCUAGGAAGGUAAUUGAUUUUAAUCAUUCUUGGCAUCUAUUUUCCUAUAUAGGUCCUGCCAUUUACAGUAUUGUAUUUAUUACCUCAAAUUUUACUGUCUAAUGCUGUGUCCACACUGUCAAUAUUUGGUGACAAAUGUGUAUGAUAAUGUCAAAUCAUAUGUAGGUCACACAAAAGUUUAUAGAGAGGACAGCCCUUAAAGCUCAGUCUAUACUAUCAAAAUUUUCUUUAAAAAAAACUGUUGUAUGCCCAUAUAUAGUCACAGUGUGCCUAUAUAUGGUCAUGAUGUGAUGUCAUCAGUGACUAUAUUUAGUAAUGUCACAUUUUUUUAUAAUUAAAAUUUGAUAGUCUGGACAGGGCUUAAGGUCUACGCUGGCCAUAAACUAUCAGAUAUAGAUAUCAGAUUCAAUGUUUAUCAGACUUUGAUGAUACUUGUUUCAGACAUUAGUCAGGUAAAUUGUAUGUCUUUCCACACUCUACUUCAUAAUACUUAGUCUGAUCAUACACUGACAAGAAUAUCUGAUUUAUACCCGAUUUGGGACACUAAAUCUCUACCACUACAGUUAGUGCUUUACAAUGCGUUUAAUUCUUAUUGCAUUGCAUUCUUCUAGUACCAUAGUUUGUUGAAAGUUAAGAACCACUAUGCAAAGUUGGUCAGGCUAAAAUGAAGACAUUCCUAUUUAGGUACUUAAUGUUCCUUAGUAAAAUUGUUAAGCUUAUCACAAUUUUUUGGUAAUUUAUUCAAUUUUGUAUCAAAAACUGUUUCAAAUUUUGAAUAUGUUAGGAUAAAAUCCAAGUUAAAAAUAACUAAAUUUUUCUCGGGUUUGUAAGGAGUUAUUUCUUGUUGUAAUAGGCAGCGGUGUAUCUAGAAGUCUUGAAAUGGGGAGUGGGGUUCAAGGGGCUCGAUGAUUAAGUGAAGGUGUGAUAGCUCGCAAAAAAAAUGAUUUUACUAUUUUACUUGAGCGUAAUUUUUUGGCUUUGAACAUUUUCAAUAGGGGGUGACAUUUUUUGUUGGGGUGGAGGUUGCACCCACUAGUUAUGCCACUGAUGUUAUGAUCCAGUGCUACCACAUUGGAAUAGAUAUACUGUGCCUUGGCUGAAAGAUACUCAGAAUUCACUUAAUUUGAGGCUGUGAACUUUUAACCUUAUGCCCUGUCCAGCCCAUCCAAUUUUAUUUGAUAAAAACAUGUAAGUAGUCAUGAUGACAUCACAUCAUGACCAUAUAUAGGCACAUCAUGACUAUAUAUAGUCUGGAUGGGGCUUUAUUUGUUGAAUAGUAUUCAUUGAUAUUGAUAUUUAAUGCGCAUCCAUCAUCUUGAAUUCCAUUGAUUUGAUUGAUUGAUUGACAGGACUGUCUACCAUUCCAGUUCUCACAUUAUUCCUAUUCCACCAUAUUUAAAUUAAGUAUUCAUUCCAUUUCCAAUAACAGUUUUACAAACCUUUUAAUAAUUUUGUUAUAUUCAAGUCGUUUCCAAACAUUUGUAAUUAGCAUAAUUUUAAAAUAUAUUUUAUGCAUUAUGGACCAACUUUUGUUUGUUUUUUUUAACAAUUUUUAACCCUAUUUUAUAUUAUCAGCAAUUUUUUAGAUAUUUUUAGAGCAUUUUAUAAUUUACAUUAUUCUUGAUAAUAAUAAUUAUUUAUUAAAUUAUGUUAAGAAAUAAAGAAUACUGUACAAAUUAACAGUGGUUGUAGUAUUAUUUGGUUUUUUAUUUGCCUUUAAACAGGUUAUAAGUCAGCCAAGAUUAUUUGAAGUAAACACAAGAUAAUUAUUAUUUGUUAUUUCAAAACAUGUAUAGUUACCAAACGAUAUUGAUAAUGUAUAUGGUGUAAUAUAAAGAUUCCUAUGUAAUAUAAAGAAGUAUAAAUGUGAUUCAAUCGUGUAAAUACUCUAUUUUGCUUAAUGUGUGUGUACCUUUAUUGAAAUAUGAAAGCAAAAGUCUUCUUCAUUAAUUUCGAUAUGAGCAGAAAUGUAUUAUUUAUUAUUGUUUUAAAUAUUUGUCAGCAUUAUUAUACAUAUUGCUUUGUGUUGUUGCUAUGAUUUAUUGUAAAUAGUUUAAAAAAAAAAAAAAACUUUAUUCAGUCAGUUUGAUGUGUUAGUAAAGAUGCCAUCAUCAUUUGUGUAUUCAUUAUUUUUAGUUCAGUUUAUUAGGAUUGGACCUAUUAACUACUGAAAUUCUCAAUCAGCUCUGGUAUUAGUAACUGAAUGAUUUAUUUUGGCGCCCUCUAUUAACCUGCUAAAGCAACGGCUCUCAUCAGUUGAAUAACAAAAUGAAUAGCAUUUCACUUAAGUGUUUUUCUUUUUAACUUGGAAAUAAUAUCUGAAUUUUUAUUUUAAUCCUAUAUUUAUUUAGAUUUUUUUGUGUGGAUAUAUAUAUGUUGAUGAAACACCAAAGAAACUUGACAAUUUUAUAUAACUGAUCAUCUCAAUUGGCUGAAGUGACUUUCCCUUUUUUAUAUCUUCCUGGAGUAAACAAUGCUACAAUUUGUAACUGCACAGUAUAUCAGUCUGCUGACCAAAAUGAGUCAAAAUUAAAAGUGUAUGCUAAGAAGAUUUGACCUCAGUUUAAGACUGCUUAUGAUACUGUAUAUGUUAGCACUUAAAAUGUUCUUCCAUUUUCCAGUGGUAUCCAUUUUAUAUUCAUUCCCUGUGAAUUAUGUGUGAUCAGAAUAUUGAAAAAACAUUUGUUAAAAGAUAUUUUAUUUGCAGAAUAUGCAAAAAAUAAUCAACAUGUGUUAGGAUCUCGUACAUUAUGUAAUUAUUCAUUAAAAUGUUAUUUAUUAUCAUGAUCGAAAUUUAAAAUGAUGUAAUUAUAUAUUUUAAUCUGCUUGGUCGAUUGGUUAGAGGAAGUUUGUUUACUAACUGAUGUGUGGCAUUAGUAAGAUAAUGUAAUAAUAUAAUGUUUUCAUUAUAUCGAUCUCAUCGAUUCCACCAGUAAAUAAAAAUAGUUUACUUAUUAUAUUUUAUCCUAUGUAAAGUAUACUAUAGUUAAAUCAUCAUUUUAAGUGUUUACUAUUAUCAGUGCUUCAUUCCAUCCCUAUAGCUUAUCUGCUAUUUUAUUUUUGAUAGCUUAAAACUUAAUGUUUGAUGUGUUCUGAUCAUUAGAAAGUAUCUUUAAUGUUAUUGCUAACAUAAUAUUGUGCGGAUUGCUACUUGACUUUAUGAAGAACUUCAAGUCACUCGUUGGCAUUAACAAUCGAUUUACAGUUAUUAAUUUUAGUUGAUUUAUGAAUAUAUUUUGGAGUGAUAAAUGGGCUCAUACAUACUAGACACUGAUGAAUAAAAUGAUUGAGAUUAUAAAA